AUCAUCAGUUUAUUAACUCUCAUUAAGUUGAUUAAAUGUCCUCCAAUUAACAUCUCAUCAUCUUUAUCGUCUUACAAUCAAUUUUUCAUCGUCUGUUGUGGUUAUAAUGAAGAUCCUUUAGGCCUCAACUCAUCAACCUAACCGUUUUUACUCUACCGAUUCAACAGUUAAUCUGUUUUUCCUUUUUCUCUGUGAAUCUGGUUUUCCUUCGUUAACAGGUUAACUCAAGACAAUCUACUAAUCAACCAGGUUAUAAGCUGCUAAAAGUGCCUUCUGACUGUGGAUUAUAUACUCGCUCAUUAUGAGACAUUUAAGUUUAUUUAUAAUCGCUUUUUUUGCUAUUUCAAUCGGAAAUGUAUCACCUAAGAAGAAGGGAAAGGACCGAACCAUUAUUCUUGGUGGAGGCGGUGGUGGACCACCUUCAGGUGGAGGAUCACACAUUGUUCCCAUCCCUAUUCCCUAUCCAAUACCUGUUCCAAUGGGCCAGCAUCACCAUGCACCACCACAAAUACAGCAUAUACCUCAAAGUCAACCACAAAUAAUUCUGGUUCCAGUUUUCACUUCUCUUCCCUCUUCCAGGACAUAUCAACACUCUUAUCAUCACCCAGUUGAUCACUGGUCUGGCCAUGGACAGGGAUACGACAGUUGGGGCGGUGGAGUCCAAUAUUUGGGUCAUAUUGGGGGCAAUGGUCAUCUUCAGGGAAACAUGUUUGGCAAAAGAAAAUAAUUACUCAAUUCUGAAUAUGAAGCAAACAAACAUUUUGUCUCUCACCUUUUUUUUGAUCCUUUUUUCACUCAAAUUAAUGACCUUUUCAAUAUCAUUGUUACCUUUUUUUAGUUCACAAUUGUAAAACAUUGUAACUACUUUUUUUCUUGAUUUGAUUGGCUUUUUGUUUACCUCCGUUGAUACAUGAAAGCUUACAUUUUCAUGCUAAUCAUAGCUCGACUCAUUUUCAAUUGUCCCUCCUCAAUAUGAGAUUUCAAAUAAUCUGUUACAAUUAAAAGUGAUUACAAGCUGUUUGUUUUCCACUCUUGUAAAUAGUAA